GUUCUCAAGGUUCCGUUCUUUGUUUUUUUCUUUUCUUAAACAAACGUUGAACGAGUGCUCAGAUCGUUCACUAAUUUUGUUGCAUAGAGUAAAAACUGAAAAUUGAUACUAAGAUGACCUAAUCCUGUAAAUAUACAAGCCGGAAAUUGCUUACAAAGACGCAAAGAAUCCACAGGACCAAACAUAGUAAAAACACAACUACCACUUAAAGUCUUCACCGAGGUUGCAAAAAUUUGCUUCCAGUUUGGCCCCGGCUUCUCCAGGCAUGUUUACUGGAUCGAGGUGAAUUAUUGUCAGCUUGGACAGAAUUCCACCACAAUUGGUUCAUUCUUUUUAAUUAUCUGAUUUAAGAUGCUUGAGUUAUUUCAGAUUUUGGUGUGUGUGUUCUUGGUGCAGCAGUUAUUAGUUUAAUUAUUUUACGACUUUUCCAUUGUUUUGCUAGUUUGUAGCUUGUACUUAGUAGUUUGGUUACAAACAUUUUGUUUGCUAUAGAAUAGUUUGAUUAAUAUUUUGAGAUAUAGUUGACUUGAUUUUAAUUGCCACCAAAUUGUAAUGUGCGGAAAAUAAUUAAUUUGCGGUUUAAUCAGUGGACCUAUGUUAGUCUGACCAAUGAUCUCGACUGGAUCAAUGAUGGUUGACAUGCAGAUCAACCACUCACUAGCUGGAUCAUUGAACCAGUGAUUUGAAGCUUGUCCUGUUUGAUUUCUAGCUCACAUUUUAUAACUAAUUUGUGCAUUUUGAGGAUGAAAAAACAAAUGAACGUAAGUGGCUUCCUAAACCUUAGGUGGGAAAAGGUUUAAACAGGCAGAGCCCAGGCAACACAAGGAAGGAUGGGGUGGAAGGCAGCUGAGAAGUUAUUCAGGCACUGGAAGAUCCUCAGAGGCGACAACGUCAUGAUCAUAAGAGGCAAGGAUAAGGGUGAGACAGGUCUCAUCAAACGUGUCAUUAGAUCUCAGAACAGAGUCAUUGUUGAAGGGAAAAAUUUGGUGAAGAAACACAUCAAACAAGGGCAAGGACAUGAGGGUGGAAUCUUUUCAAUUGAAGCUCCCCUUCAUGUUUCCAAUGUUCAGGUUCUUGACCCAGUUACUGGGAAACCAUGUAAGACCGGGUAUAAAUAUCUGGAAGACGGAACUAAAGUACGGGUCUCUAGAGGACUUGCUGCAUCUGGAGCUGUAAUUCCUCGCCCUGAAAUACUAAAAGAAAGGCGAAAACCAAGACCUAGCUUUGUUGGUCCCAAGGAUACACCAGUUGAACUAGUACUUGAAAAGACAUACGAUGCUAAAGCUGGAAUUGGCAUGCCUGAUCUCUAGGAAUCCUCGAUAAGGCAAAAUCAUUCUCUCAUCUGCAUUAUCAUCGAGGAAGUUCAGAUCGUGCUUAAUUUGCCGAAAUAUUUAGGUUCAACUCUUACAUAAUAAAUGUCAACGCUAUUACUUAAUUUUGCUAGCACAGCUUGGCUGUUAGUUAGAAUUUCACGACUGAGUGGUGCCUUUUGAAACAUUUUCAAGUGUAAACUGAAAUCGUGUUGCAUUACUUGUUCUCGAUGAACACUUGACUAUGGUUAGAUGAAAGUGCCAAGAACUUGAUGGUUUAUUUA